ACAGGUAUUGGAAAGAAUGUCAUCUGUGAGAAAGCUGCUACCUCUGUGGAUGCUUUCAGAAUGGUCACGGCUGCCAGGUAUUACCCCAAACUCAUGAGCCUUGUAGGCAAUGUCCUCAGAUUUCUACCAGCUUUUAUCAAAAUGAAACAAUUAAUAGAGGAGCAUUAUGUAGGCAGUGUGCUCGUCUGUGAUGUACGAGUGUAUUGGGGGAGCCUUCUCAGCCAAAAAUACAAUUGGAUCUGUGAUGAACUGAUGGGUGGGGGUGGACUGCACACAAUGGGAACUUAUAUCAUAGACCUCCUCACUCAUCUGACAAGUCAGAAGGCAGUGAAAGUCCAUGGCUUGCUGAAAACAUUUGUGAAGCAGAACUCUGCUAUCAGUGGCAUCCGCCAUGUCACCAGCGAUGACUUCUGCUUUUUCCAGAUGCUAACGACCGGAGGCAUCUGUAGCACAGUGACUCUGAACUUCAACAUGCCUGGAUCAUUUGUCCAUGAGGUUAUGAUUGUGGGAUCAUCUGGACGCCUUAUAGCACGUGGGACAGAUUUGUAUGGCCAGAAGAACACUGCUUCCCAGGAGGAGCUUUUGCAUGCAGACUCUUUGAAUGUCAAUGCAGAGCUUUCUGAGAAAGGAUUCAAAGACAUGCCACUGUUGUACCUCAAAGGGAUGGUAUACCUAGUACAAGCACUUCGUCAUUCCUUCCAGGAGCAGGAAGACCAGCGAACAUGGGAUCCUAAGCCAGUUGCAAUGGCAGCUUCUUUUGAGGAUGGCCUCUACAUGCAAAGUGUAGUAGAUGCUAUUAAAAAAUCCAACCGGUCUGGGGACUGGGAAAUUGUAGAGCUAAUGACUGAAGAGCCAGAUGCAAAUCAAAACCUCUGUGAGGCAUUACAGCGAAAUAACCUAUAAUAGAGAGACUCCCAGAGAGCAGAAUCAAUUUGAAAUAUACAUAAAUAAUUAAGAUGGAUAUGUUCAAUUAAUGAUGAGAAGGAGGAAGAAUGGGAAAUCAUAC